AUGAAGCGAGACACCACACAGACAGACCCUGGUAGACAUUCAACCUCUACAUCCGAUCCGGAGAAUAAAAGUCGGCGUCGAAUACAACUAGCGUGCGUCCGCUGUCGAAGGAGAAAAAUCAGAUGCAGCGGCGAAACCACUGAUGGUGUGGCAUGCACCAACUGCAAGGCCGCGAAUGUUCUUGAUUGUCAGUUCUUAAGGCCGGAUACAACUCAACUGCUACCAACACCAGGGAGUGCUCUAGCAGCCCAUUAUCAAGCAAUGGGCUCACUGGUACCUUCAGCCAGCGCGGACUCAAUCGGAAGGGUUCACCCAUACACGAGUCCCUCAGGUUUGUCGCCUUCUGCGUACGAUGUGGCAUAUCCCAGAUCGCAUUCUUUGUCAGAUUUGGGUAACUACAGCCGAGUGGACUCAAUACAAAGAGAGUCAGUAUACGGAAAUGGGUUCAUUGAUGAGUACGGCAUACCGUAUAACAUGCAUUCGAACGCUCCCGGCACCAUGGCCGAGUACUACGGUUCUUUGGUUGGCGCCAGGGCCUGGAGUUCGGCGCCAGGAGCAAUGGCGACUGACUUGGAACGAUCACAACAUACAAUACUCUAUACGACAAAUGUUCCGUCUUUCUUCCCAACCGGCAAUAUUACGCUAUCUUCUGAAGAUCUUUCUGCAAAUCGCCUCUUACCAGUGCCAACAACUGCUAGCUCAUCGUCAACAAGCAACACGCUGACAUAUCUCAAAGACAUCGAUGUGACAGCUAACGGACCUCCUUUCAUGGGGGGAGAGGAGCCUGGGGAUAUGUACUCCUUUGGGGUACGAAGUUCAAACUCGACCAGAGCCAAACCCAUCCCUGCAACAAUGCCAUUUUCAAGUACUUAUGGCACAAGCGGCUCGAUUCCUCACGAUCAGAAAUCGGAAAUUGUUAAUCCCAUUCAGAACGUAAUGAUGAAAUACACGGCAAUUACAGAUGAUACUUUUGAUGGCCUUCCAAUUACAUCGUCAACCUUUACUCGAUCCGGCACUGCGGGCUCAAGUGAUAUAGACGAGCCGUCGAUGUUGCCCAUGAACGGACCCAAAAUUACUCAAGGUGAUAGUCAUGCUAGGUAUGGCAAGUCGUCCGUUUAUAGGUGCGUUGCGAGGCCCGCUUGA